AUGGCGGCCUUCGGCGCAGAACGGUGGCUGAACAACUUGCCAAACCACACAAUUUUCAGAAAACUACGAGAGACGCUGGAUUUGGAAUCCAGGUCAAAUGAAAGAGAAGUCGCUAAAAAUCUUACGUUUUGUCUGGGCGGGGACUUUUUCGUGUGGGACAACGCUGAACGCGUUUUUUACACGACCAACCUGAGGCAGCUGAACUCUGAUAGUGAAAGCGGGAAGUUUCAGACGCUGCUUUGCAUCAACCCUCCUCUGUUCGAUGUGUGCCAGGUGUAUGUGAGCCCAGUGCAGCAUCACGUCGCGCUGGUCGGACAGCGGGGCAUUUCGGUUCUGGAGCUCCCUCAGCGAUGGGGCAAGAGGUCCGAGUUUGAAGGAGGACGGGACAAAAUCAACUGCAAGACCAUCCCGGUGGCGGAACGCUUCUUCAGCAGUUCACCGUCGGUGAGUCUGCGACAAGCUGCGUGGUACCCGAGCGAGACCGACGAGCCCCAUGUUGUGUUGCUCACAUCAGACAACACCAUCAGGUUUUACGGUCUGAAGUCGCCUCAGACGCCGGCUAAAGUUCUGCAGCUGUCGCAGUCAGAGGAUGACUGCAGCUCACAGCAUCCGGUUCGGUCCUAUGCUGCAUCUCUGGGAGAGAUAGCUGUGGCCUUUGACUUUGGGCCGGUUUCAUCCCCUCCUCGAAAGGUGGCAGCCCAGAUUCCCAAAAAUCAGCUGGUUUACCCUCUGUACGUUUUGUAUGAAAACGGGGAAACCUACGUGAGCUACGCUGGUCAGACGAACGGUCUGAGUGUGAGUAAACCGGCUGGACCCCUCCCUAUGUAUCCGGCAGCCGAGGAUAACUAUGGCUAUGACGCCUGUGCCAUCCUGUGCCUGCAGUGUGCCCCCAGCAUCUUGGUGAUCGCCACAGAGACGGGGACUCUGUAUCACUGCGUAGUGCUGGAGUCUGAGGAGGAAGACGAGGCAGGGGCUGUGGAGAAGUGGAUCCGAGGCACAGAGGCGGUACCGGCUCUUUACGUGUUUGAAUGUGUCGAGCUUGAGCUCACUCUCAAAGUAGCUUCAAGGGAAGACGAAGAGCCUCAAGAGUUGGAUUUCACCUGUCCAAUUCGUCUGCACCAAGACCCCCUGUGUCAGCAGAGGUACCACUGCACCCACGAAGCCGGAGUUCACAGUGUUGGGCUCAUAUGGGUCAACAAAAUGCAGAAGUUUCUUCAGUCCAGCGAGGAGGACAAGGACAGUCUCCAGGAGCUGGCUGCAGAGAAGCGCUGCAUCGUGGAGCACAUUCUCUGCACCAGACCGCUGCUAACCAGCCAGUCGGCUCCGGUUCGUGGCUUUUUAAUAGUCUCCGACCUUUCCUUGGGCGCCACAAUGAUCUGCGUCACUGCCAUGUUCGAGUGCAUCAUGUUGCCCCUUCUAAGCUCCAUCCGUCCACCCUCCCCUCCACUGCUCUGCUCCCACCCAGUUCCUGGCUCCAUCAGCUCACCUCUGCGUGGGCUCGCCAACGACUCCUUCGAGCAGCAUAUCCGCAACAUUUUGACACGUGGCUCCACUAAUCCCCUUGUGCUAAAGGCAGGCGAUAAGGACACAUCACCUCCACCUGCAGAGUGUCUGCAGCUUCUCAGUAGGGCCACACAGGUCUUCCGCGAGGAGUACAUUCUAAAGCAGGACAUGGCUUGCGAGGAGAUGCAGAGGAGGGUGAAGCUUCUGCGAGAGCAGAAGAACAAGCAGCAGGAGGAGUUCACUCUGUGCAGAGAGGAGAAGAAGACUCUGAGAGAGGCGGCAGAGAGGUUGGCUGAUAAGUACGAAGAUGCCAAGUAUCGCCAAGAAACCAUCAUGAACCGAGUUAAGAAGGUGUUGUGCAGCCUGCAAAGCCAACUGCCCAUCCUGUCCAACAGUGAGAAGGACAUGAAGAAGGAGCUGCAGACCAUCAACGAUCAGCUAAAACACCUGGAUAAUUGCAUCCGGCAGGUGAACAUGAAGAUGGAGUACCAGCAGAAACAAGUGGACAAGGACAUGUCUUCAGCUAGGAUGACAGUGUCACUCAACGCUCAACAGAAGAAGGUUGUUCAGGACGUCCUGAGAGAGCAGGGACAGCAAAUCGGUGACAUGAUGAAGCAGAUCAAAGACAUCAAAAACCACUUCAACUUCUAAUCUCCUUUGAGACGCAGACAUUUUCUGUUGGAGGAAGUAACUUUUAUGUUUUUGGUCAAAGUUUCAUGUUUUCUAGCAUUUAGUGAAAAGUUACGAGUGCUUUAUCUUUUAGGAGCGUGAGACAGACGUGAAAGAUAAAUGUUUUCCACCCAAAAAAAUCUUUAAAAAUGUUGUUUAAGUGGAGAACAGCAGGCUUACUGUUGGGUUUUCUUUGUUCAGGCUGUUCUAAAAAUACAAAAAUAAAUGUUUAUGCUCUCUAAAGACAUGUUUUCAACUCAACUGUGUACUACACGUCUAUUUUUGACAUCGUUUUUCAACUUUUAAAUAAAUGUCAAUGCUUUC